UUUUGAGACAGCAGCCAACAACUUGCUGGGCUGAGAUGUGGGUUUGGGAUUUCACUGAGGCGGGGUGUUAUUGGACCAAUGCACUUCAGCUUUACUGCCGAGUCCAUCAGCUGAAAAACACCCGCUGAUACAGCAGAAUUUUGGAGCUGUGGUAUCAAGAUGGAUGGUGAAAAUGAAGCCAAAAGUAGUGGCAUGUUAUUUUCAGGUAAGGCAAGCGACCAGGUGAUGCAGGACCCACAGUUAUUGGCGGCUCUUCAGGAAAAAGUAGACAGUGUCUCACAUAGUGCUUCCUUCAUGGAGAGCUUACCCAAGUCUGUGAAAAGAAGAGUCCAUGCCUUAAAGAACCUUCAGGUUAACAGUACACAUAUUGAAGCCAAGUUUUACAAGGAGGUACAUGAGCUGGAGAGAAAAUAUGGCGCUCUUUAUCAGCCGUUAUUUGACAAAAGAAGAGACAUUGUCUCUGGAAAAGUGGAACCCACUGAUGAGGAGUGUGAAAGGCAGAGUGACCAUGAGGAUGAAGAAGCAUUAGCAGAAGAUUUGAAGAAGAAAGCUGCUAUAGAGGAAAAGACAGAGGAUGCUAAUGAGGAGAAACCCAAGGGAGUUCCAGAGUUCUGGCUCACCAUAUUCAGAAGUGUGGACAUGCUGAGUGAUAUGCUGCAGGAACAUGAUGAGCCAAUACUUAAACAUCUACAAGAUAUUAAAGUGAUUUUUUCUGGUCCUGAUCAGCCCAUGAGUUUUACAUUAGAGUUUCAUUUUGAACCCAAUGAAUACUUCACCAACACAGUCCUCACAAAAGUAUACAAGAUGAAGUCAGAGCCAGAUGCAGAGGAUCCAUUUUCAUUCGAGGGACCAGAAAUCAUUGACUGUGAGGGGUGUGAAAUUGAUUGGCACAACGCCAAAGAUGUGACUGUCAAAACAAUCAAGAAGAAGCAGAAGCACAAAGGCAGGGGGACAGCGAGGGUCAUCACCAAACAAGUGCCCAAUGACUCCUUUUUCAACUUUUUCAACCCUAUUAAAGUUUCACCAGACAAAGAGUUGGAUGAGGAUUCUGAGUACACCUUAGCCACAGAUUUUGAAAUUGGUCAUUUCUUCAGGGAAAGAAUCGUGCCGAGAGCAGUUUUGUAUUUCACAGGAGAAGCUCUGGAGGAUGAUGAAAGUUUUGAGGAGGAGGAACUGGAUGAGGGUGAAGAGGAGGACCAAGAUGAGGAGGAGGAGGAGGAGGAGGAGGAGGGAGAAUUUGAUUCCAAGUUACAGGCAUAAGUCAUUCUCAUCUCAUACAUUUCUAGAGUGUGGAUCCUCAGCCUCCAGAAUGCAAACAACAGUAGUUUGGACUGCUCACUGCUGCCACUGUCAAUCCCCAUCAGCUCGCUAGUGCUGCGUGUAGUCUCUGCUGAUUAUACCAUCCUCACAAAACAACCCCAAUGAUGCAGUACAUUGGAAAGAAAAUUUUUUUUUCUUCAAAUAUUGCUUACUUCAAAACUCAACAGAUAUUGUACAACAGCACUAUAAAUAAAUUGGGCAAUUCCAUACGGUCUGCCUCAGAAUGUAGAUAUAUAUAUAAAUAAAAGUAAAACAAAACUAUUUUUUAAGUCAUUAUUUAGGCUUUGACUUUGGAGUGCAGACAUAUUGAAAUAUUUUGACAUGCCAUUGCACCAUUUCUAUAGAGAAUACAAAGCCAAAAAUUUUCUCAUGGGUUAGAAACAUUCUUUUGUUUUACUUGCAAACAUUGUCUCUUUAAUAACAUUUUUGAGUAGGUGAAUUCUUAACCCUGAGUUGAAAUGAAUGGGAUUGUAUUUGUCAAGGUUGUUGGUGUUUAACAAAAGGUUUCCUUUCCGUGUCAUAGGCAUAAUCGUUUUUUACACAGCAUAUCUAUUUAUGUACUUUUUGAAUGAAGCAGCAUGUUUAUGCACUUAUUUAUUUAUGGAGGUGUGUACACAAUUACUAGGUCGCCAACCAACCAAUGUAUCGGCGGUACCUUGCAGGCAAGUAGGUAGGUAAUCCUUACUUCAGUAAUUUGUUAUUAUUCAUAUUAGGCCUCUUUACAAUGUAGACAUCAUUUUAUUGCAUUUGUCUAACAUUUCCAUCUUUGACUUGCCUCUUGAACAUCACAAUUUAAAACAAACUCUGCACUCCAAAUUUUAAAAUCCUCCAUACCUAUAUGUUUAAGUAAUGUAGUUUCAUUUUUGUUUAUGUAUAUACUGUUUGUAUUUAAUUAUAUGUUUCUUCCAUAAUGCUGGAAUUGCUCUAUUAAAAAAUAAAAAAUAGCAAAAGGCAAUAGUCCACUGCCAUUGGUCAUUGAAUUCUGAGACAACUGCAGAUGAUUAUAUGUCCUGGAAGUCACACGUUUAUUUGAUCACAUUUUUUUUUUUUUUUUUUAGAUACAUAAUAUCCCAAAGUUGACAACUGUUUUAUUUUGUGACUUGGUCUCAUAGGUUACUCAGGGUCUUUUAUGCCAAGAUGACAGUGUAUGAGUAUCCAGCAUUAUGAAAACUGUUGAUAUAAAAUCCAACCUGCUAAAUGUUCUAUUUUGUCUUGUAAAGGAAGUGUUUUAAAUAUCUAGUUUUACUUAACAGAAUUAUUUAAAUGAAUCUCUUCUUUUCAGUCAUUUUAUUAUCAUUUUAGACUAUAUGUGUUGGUCUUGUGCUUCUUGGUGGAUCCCUGAGAGAAAAUGUUUUGCUGAUGUAUGUACAGAACUGUACCCAGUUGAUUAUAGCCCCUUGUAGCAUUUUAAAAAUGCUUUUGCUGUACUUCCCAAACACUUACUAAAAAUUUGAACAUG